AUGGCUGUGUGCCGGGGACACGCCGAACACACCGAGACACUCCCUGCGCUGGUCACGGGGGCAAUAUGUCAGCAAUCCCAGGUCGCACUCAGGUUCAGACAGGUGCAGCCUCCACCGGAUCCGGCCCCGGCCUCCACUUUCGUCUUCUCCCGACCGAUCGCCGGCCGACACGCUGCACCGACUGACAACAACGACGAAGAAGAGCACAAUGAGGGCGACGAGACCACUGGGACAGCUGCUGAGGCUCCACCAAGUCUCGCCGAGGACUUCGCAAUCUAUCCUUCCUUCUUCAACGAGGCAGAGUGCAGACAACUCCUGAGCAUUGCGCUGUGGAAGCUGGACAGGCUCGAUGUAACGCGGAAACGAGGCUCGAGGCGGCGAUCAGCUUCGUCUGCUCCUGCUGGGUCUGCUUCGACAGGGGAUGGUGCACCACUGCAGGACAUGUUCACGGGCACCUACGGCUUCGAGGAGUACCGCGAAGCGCUUAUUUCGAACUAUCCCCCAGUCGCUGGGGAUGUUUCAUGGCUGUCCAGGCUGUACCAGCUCGUUCCAGGUCUCGAGGGGACGACAGACGUCCCGCCACCAAACUCCUCGACUCAUGCCCUGCACUUGAGUCCAGAGGGCGAGAUCCUCGCGCACGUCGACAACGUCGAGGCGAGCGGACAGACUAUCGUCGGCGCCUCUCUCGGCGCUGCUCGGAUAUUGCGCCUCGAGGAUAAAGAGGACAAGCAGCACGGCUGGGACGUUUUGAUGCCCAGCGGAUCAGUCUAUAUGCAGAAGGGCGACGUGCGGUACGGGUACGAACACUCUGUUCUCGGCUAUAAUCACGAAGGGAGCCUCUGGGACGGAGAGAGGUUGAAGCCUGGCCAUCGGGUCAGCUUCAUGGUUCGCGUGAGUUAG